CCUCCAUUCAUUCCACGAUUACCUUCGGAACUCAAACCCAUAUCCAGUAAACCAAAAUGGAUCCACAAGAUCAAGAAGAACACGAAAGGAAAAGAGACAAAAUAGGUCAUUUCCUACACGAUGAAUGGCAUAAAACAGCCGAGAAAUCGCACGACUCGCUGUUGAAAGGGGCUCUCUUCCUCGAGCACUCAUUAGGACUUGGUCACAAACCAAAUGUCAUCCCCUGGAGUGAACCCCGCAUCGACUGCCCUCAACGCACCGUCCUCAUAGGCUGGCACCCUGUCGCCGGCAUGGGCGGCAAAUGGCUCGCCGAAAGAUCCGGCCUCGGAAAAAUGGUCACGAAAGAAAUAGGCAAGUACCCAGACCCAACCCAACACUGGGCCGUCCUAGUCGGCGACUACGUCCACGAGCUGUGGAUGGACGAGCAUCUGGACGUGAUAUAUAUCAACGAGCGAGUCGACUCGGGAGAGGAGUGGAGGACCUUCGAGGUUGGUAAGACGAGGUUUAGCGAUGAGGCUUUGAGGCAAGCUGGUGAGAUGGUAAUCCACAACAUGCGUCUCGCCCGCCCGGAAUACAACAUAAUCAGCAACAACUGCCAAAACUUCGCCGAGAAGAUGCUGGACGCCAUCCAGAUCGGCGCGCACCAGGAAUUCGCCACCGCCUUCGCCGUGUACCAGCGCGCGACCGGGAAAGGGACCAUCAAGGAUCUGUUCGUUGAUCAUCAUCCCGAGGAGCAGAAGACGGAUAUUGGCGUUGUGCAGGGAGAGGGUGGGGAACAGUUGCAUAGGGUGGAUACGGUGCAGAAUGCGCAGGUGGUGAUGGAUGAGCAGACUACGAAGUUGGAUAAUCAUCGGAGGUUUUUUGAGUAAGGGAGGG